AAGGCCUGGUUUGUGUUUGGAGUCCUAGUCAUUUCGCUGCGGUAUGUGGUGAGGAUUCGGACUGUUGGUAUUAGAAACUUUGCCGGAGACGACUACUUGAUGUUACUCGUUCUUGCUCUAUGGACAAUCGAUGCAGUAAUUGUGGAAAUCACCUACUACACUGGCGGUAGCAUUGACGUGACGCCCGAAGUGCUCCCCUAUCUCUCCGAGAGGGACAUUGCUAUUUUGAUGUACGGAACGAAAUGGGAAUACGCCUCCUUUUUCACAUACUCGGGGCUUAUCUGGGCGCUGAAGUUCAGUGUGCUCUGCUUUUAUCAAAGACUGAGAGCCGAUGAAUGGAGGCAGACCUGGUUAACAGUCCACUGCCUGGGUUGGAUCAAUUGCGUCGCCUACAUCGCCCUUUGUUUGACUGCAUUGCUCUCAUGUCGGCCAUUCCACGAUAAUUGGGCCGUCAAGCCUUUACCUCCCCUGCGGUGCACAUUCCGCCCGCAGAAUUUUUGGACCCUCGUCGUCCUUAACGUCCUGACCGAUGCGCUUAUCCUGAGCCUGCCACUGCCAAUCUUAUGGCGGCUCCGAGUCUCCCGCCUCCGAAAGCUGGGCGUCACGCUCCUCCUCUGCUCCGGCCUCUUCCUGAUCGCCACUGCAAUAGUGCGCGCAGCCUUUACAAUUGCCGGAUCGCCGUCCAUCAUCACCAUCAACCGCUGGGGCUUCCGCGAGACAGCUGCUGGGGUUGCGGCGAUCAAUGCGCCCAUACUUGCACCGCUCUUUAGUAAGGCCUUCUGG